GCCAGUUUCCUUGGUGUGCCCCCGGCCUAAUAGUUGGAAUGUUGUCAUUCGUCAGCUGAUUAAUAACUGAUUAGAGCGGUUUCAGAUUAUGAGAAGUGUACGUUCGAAGUUAACAGUUAUAUUCCCAUUACAAUAGUAAGCUGCUCUGUAAAUGUGUAAUAUACUCAGCAGGUCAUUAAAGGGAAAUAUCUUCGUAGUAAAUGUACAGAAAAUAACACGACCUGGAACCAGAGGGAAGUGUUCCUAUUGCAAAUCCUUCAGAUUUAACAACACAAACUGUAAAUCCAGAUUAAUUUGUCAAGGUGUUUGUAAAAAUUUAAUUAAAACAAUGACUGCUGUAGAGGGUGUUACUUCAAACCAAGUGUUCCAAGGGCAAGAGGACCGAUUCCGUGGCAUCACAGUUGAUUCAUCCAGAGAACCAUGUGAUGUCAAUGCUUUUCCUAAGAAGCUGGAAGCAUCACUGAAACACUGGACUGUGAAGAGUUUCCGUGGCAUCUGGUUCAAAGUGACGCUGGAACAUGCAGAUUGGGUUCCAAUUCUUGCAGAGAAUGAAUUCCAGUUCCAUCAUGCAAAACCUGGAUAUGUCAUGAUGUAUCGCUGGCUGCCCACUGCAGAAGAGUGCAACAUUCCACCAUAUGCACACACAAUGACUGGUGUCGGUGCAGUUGUGGUGAAUGAUGCACAUGAGAUCCUGGUGGUGAAAGAGAAGUUCUUUGCCAUACCACAUUGGAAAUUCCCUGGUGGCUACCUAGAACCUGGUGAGGAUAUUGGAGAUGCGGCAGUCCGAGAAGUGUUUGAGGAAACCAAUGUGAAAACAGAAUUUCAGUUUCUCAUUUCCUUACGACACACCCAUCAUGGAAUGUUCAAGUGCUCGGACAUCUACUUCAUUGUGGGUCUGAAACCAAUUUCUGAAGAAAUAAGUAAAUGCAACAGAGAGAUAGCAGCUUGUAAAUGGAUGAAGAUUGAAGAUUUCUUACAACAUUCAAAUGUUACUGAUGCCAGUCGUUUCUUUUUGAGGAAAUACCUAGAAUACCAGAAAAAUAAAUCAUCUAUUGUGUGUGCAAAAAGUAUUCAUCCCUUAUUAAACAAACCCCAGUGUGUAUACAGCAUUGACUUCAACCCAGAUACAACUUCGAAAGGAAGAAGCAACUUGUAGGAAGAUAUCAACAUGGUGCUUGCAAGUCCCUGGGGUCUUGAUUUAAGAACUGACCUGUAAGCUGAUCAGAAUAUCCUUCAAGCAGUGUGAAACGAAUGCUGAGAAACUGUACCAAAAUCUAUUAUGUGUGGAUGCAAUAACAAGUGAAUUUCAAAUAAUGAUGGAUUUGGCCCUAAUGAAACUAAUUGGACUGUCAAAUUAUCUUCAGGUUACAGUAUUGAAGUGCAUGUAUAUUAACUGCUCACGAUCAGGGGGUGCAGUAAGAAAUAACAGUAAAUCUGAACUUUGCAAGUAAUUACAGAUCUAUAUACAACUAUUUUUAUAUUUUAAAUGGGAGGUUUAUAAUCCAUGUAUUGUUUAUUAUACAUAUGAAUAUAAUCGUGACUGAGUUGUGCAUCUAUUUAUUUAUGAUGUAUUUAAUAAUGCCUUCGGUAGCAUAAAAUGUUGGGAUGAUUAGUGAAUAAUGAGUGGGCGAGUUUUGUGAAAUGAUUGCUUUGCUAAUGAAAAAGAUUCUGAUUAUAAUGGAUUUAUUAAAUUGUCUUAAUAAUUUUGAAAAUAACACACAACUUUACAACAAUACUGGAAAUAAAACAUAUAAUUUUA